AUGGCGGGGGGGCUGUUGUACAUUUCCCUCCCACUCACGCUGGGGAUUGCGGGGGGGCUGGGAGUCGUGCAGGGGGUAGAGACCGUCCUGGGCCGGGGGCACCCCACCCGGGACGCCGAGGUGGCCGCCCACGAGGCCGCCCUCCACGACGCCGUGGCGAACCUCAUCCAGCGCGGCGAGACGAUCGUCCUCGCGGAGUGCGAGGGCUUCGUCCUGGGCCGGCUGCAGGCCCGGCUGCGCGAGUUUGGCCGUUUGCGCAUGGGCCUCCAUCGCGCCAUCCACGGCACCGCCGCCUUCUUCUCCGUCGCCCUGACGCUGGUGUUUGUGGGGAUGUUGGGGGUGCUGAAGCACCUGAGCCUGCGGGGGGACCUGCUGUGGAUGGACAUCGCCCUCUACGUGGUGUGCCUCUACCAGUUCGUGGAGCGGGUCCGGGGGCUGAGUCGGGAAUGGGGCCGCAUGCGGCGCGGGUUGGGCUGCCUGGAAACCCUCCAGGACACCUUGGGAUGGCUUCACGAGACGAUAGGGGCAGCGGAUGGGGGGUGUUCGCUGCGAAUCGUGAAGCCGGAGGAGGAAACGGAAGGGGAGGGGAAGGACAAGAGGAGGAAGCUUAACGGCGAGGAUCCUUCGUCUCAGGCGCCGCGGGAUGGAGGAACGGUUACUGAGCUGAGGAAGGUCGAGUCCGGUGAAAUCGUCCGGGGGGAAAUCCUUUCAAAAGAGCCGGCGAAGGGGGGGGCUUCUUUUUCUGCUUCACCGGCGAUAUUGAUCUUUCACGAGAGCGCGCGGGCGGAUCUAGAGCUUCAAAAGGUCAGUUACACGUACUGCGAGGCACCGGCGUUUCUCAGGUUAAAUUCUUCGUUGUCUUCGUCGGGAGUGAAAAGGGGCAUCCGUGAUGUCAGCCUGCGCGCUGCAGCGGGGCGUAUAACUUCGCUUUACGGCCCGAGCGGAAGUGGAAAGAGCACCUGUUUACGGCUUCUUUGCGGCUUUUUGCGUCCUUCGAGCGGGGUCGUUCAUUCCCAACGUCGCGCUCUCCUUCUCGAGCAGCACCACGCCCUUUUCCUUGGCAGCGUCGCCGAAAACAUCCUUCUUAAAGAUCUAAGCACCUUGGUCGCUUCGAAAGGGGGGGAAUUCGUAAAAAAAAACUCCAAAGUCGUCGAGGAAGAGACCUUUUCCGAGAUCGAGAAACGGUUAAACACAGCGAUGCACGAAGCAGGAUGCAACCACUUCAUAACUGAUGCUUUUAAUACCCAUAUUCAUAACGCCAACCAUCCUCCUUUUAGCGGUGGCCAACUUCAACGGAUUUGCCUUGCGCGAGUUUUCGAUCGAUCUCAAUCCUGCUCGUUAAUCCUGUUGGAUGAGCCCACGGUUGGUCUGGAUGUCGCCACUGUUGAGCAGCUUUUGAUUAUGAUUAAGAAACUGAGAGAUGUGUAUAACAAAACGGUUUUAAUCUCUACGCAUGAUGAACGUGUUGCGUCGAUUUCGGAUGCGGUGAUUCAUUUGUCUGUCACAAAUUCAAUACUUUAG